CUGCGGGACGGGCGCGGGAGGGCGGCGGGAGUUGGUGUUGGCGACCGUGACCACGGUCUCCUGACGUCCCCGGGCCGGGUGGGUGUGGGGACCCCUGACACUGCUGACUCCGCGCCGCUGCAAAGCUGCGCUCUCGGCCCCACGGGCGCCCUGUGAGGUGGGCCCCGCGUUCUCGUUUCACGGGCGAGGAGGCUUGGGCAGAGAGACGAAGCCACUUGUCCAAGGUCACGCAGCUGGGUCUCCAUCACCCAACUCCAUGCUUCGAGUCCUGCUCUCUGCCCAGGCCUCCGCUGCUCGGCUGUCUGGCCUGCUGCUGCUCCCGCCAGUACAGCCCUGCUAUCUGGGGCCCAGCAAGUGGGGGGACCGGCCUCCUGGAGGAGGCCCCCAUGCAGGCCCUGUGCAGGGGCUGCAGCGGCUUCUGGAACAGGCGAGGAGCCCUGGGGAGCUGCUACGCUGGCUGGGCCAGAACCCCACCAAGGUGCGCCCCCACCACUACCCGGUGGCACUCCGUCGUCUGGGCCAGCUCUUGGGGUCUCGGCCACAGCCCCCUCCUGUGGAGCAGGCCACACUGCAGGACUUGAGUCAGCUCAUCAUCCGAAACUGCCCCUCCUUUGACAUUCACACCAUCCACGUGUGUCUGCACCUUGCAGUCUUACUUGGCUUCCCGUCAGAUGGCCCUCUGGUGUGUGCCCUGGAGCAGGAGCGAAGGUUCCGCCUCCCUCCGAAGCCUCCUCCCCCUCUGCAACCUGUCCUUCGUGGUGGGCAAAGGUUGGAAGCUGCUUUGAGCUGCCCUCGUUUCCUGCGUUAUCCACGGCAGCACCUCAUCCGCAGCCUGGCAGAGGCCAGGCCAGAAGAACUGACUCCUCACGUGAUGGUGCUCCUGGCCCAGCACCUGGCCCGGCACCGGUUGCGGGAGCCCCAGCUUCUGGAAGCCAUUGCGCACUUCCUGGUGGUCCAGGAAGCCCAGCUCAACAGCAAGGUGGUACAGAAGUUGGUCCUGCCCUUUGGGCGGCUGAACUACUUGCCCCUGGAGCAGCAGUUUAUGCCCUGCCUUGAGAGGAUCCUGGCUCGAGAAGCAGGGCUGGCACCCCUGGCCACGGUCAACAUCCUAAUGUCCCUGUGCCAGCUGCGGUGCCUACCCUUCCGGGCCCUGCACUUUGUCUUUUCCCCGGGUUUCAUCAACCACAUCAGUGGCACCCCUCAUGCCCUGAUUGUGCGGCGCUACCUCUCCCUGCUGGACACGGCUGUGGAGCUGGAGCUCCCAGGAUACCGGGGGCCCCGCCUUCCCCGAAGGCAGCAAGUGCCCAUCUUCCCCCAGCCGCUCAUCACUGACCGUGCCCGCUGCAAGUACAGUCACAAGGACAUAGUUGCCGAGGGGCUGCGCCAGCUGCUGGGGGAGGAGAAAUACCGCCAGGACCUGACCGUGCCUCCAGGUUACUGCACAGCCUUUUCUCUUCCCCCCUCCAGACUUCCUGCUAUGUGUCAGCAGCUCUGGUGCUGUGCUUCCCGUAAGGACCCAGGACCCCUUCCUACCAUACCCUCCCAGGUCCUGUCUGCAGGGCCAGGCUGCCCCGCAGCCCACUACCCGCGACCCUGCCCAAAGGGUGGUGCUGAUGCUGCGAGAACGCUGGCAUUUCUGCCGGGACGGCAGAGUGCUGCUGGGUUCCCGAGCGCUGCGGGAGCGGCACCUGGGCCUGAUGGGCUACCAGCUCCUGCCGCUACCCUUCGAGGAACUGGAGUCACAGAGAGGCCUGCCCCAGCUCAAGAGCUACCUGAGACAGAAGCUCCAGGCCUUGGGCCUCCGCUGGGGGCCUGAAGGGGGGUGAGGGGGUACACACGGGUUCAUGAUGGCCCCCCUAUGGGGGGUGGACGAUUUGCACUUUGGCUCCCUCUGUUUUGGUUUCUCAUUAAAGUCCCUUUCCCUCCCCA